GUCUCUCUCCUUCACAAGCCUCUCCCGUGUUCUUUGCCAGUCUCUCUCUCUCUCUUAUAAAAAUCUCUCUCAGAUCUCCCUUAUCCUCCCCCCCUCCCGCCCAAACUCACAAGCUUCAUUUUCCUGCUGCAAUCUUCACUACACAAUGAGAGAGAUCCUUCACAUCCAGGGCGGGCAGUGCGGCAACCAGAUCGGGGCAAAGUUCUGGGAGGUUAUCUGCGAUGAACAUGGAAUCGAUAACACCGGUAAGUAUGCUGGCGAUUCUGAUCUUCAGCUUGACAGAAUCGAUGUCUAUUAUAAUGAGGCUAGUGGUGGAAGGUAUGUUCCACGCGCUGUUCUUAUGGAUCUCGAACCUGGUACUAUGGAUUCCCUCCGAUCUGGUCCUUUUGGACAGAUCUUUCGCCCUGAUAACUUCGUUUUCGGUCAGUCCGGCGCUGGUAACAAUUGGGCUAAAGGACAUUACACUGAAGGUGCUGAGUUGAUCGAUUCCGUUCUUGAUGUAGUAAGGAAGGAGGCUGAGAAUUGUGAUUGCUUGCAGGGAUUUCAAGUUUGUCAUUCUUUGGGUGGUGGAACUGGAUCUGGUAUGGGCACCCUUCUGAUAUCAAAAAUCAGGGAGGAAUAUCCAGAUCGUAUGAUGUUGACAUUUUCUGUUUUCCCUUCACCAAAAGUGUCUGACACUGUUGUUGAGCCAUACAAUGCUACCCUUUCUGUUCAUCAGCUUGUUGAGAAUGCUGAUGAAUGUAUGGUUUUGGAUAAUGAAGCCCUAUAUGACAUUUGCUUCCGAACAUUGAAGCUUGCUACUCCCACAUUUGGCGAUCUGAACCAUCUAAUAUCUGCAACCAUGAGCGGCGUGACCUGCUGUCUCCGAUUCCCUGGGCAGUUAAACUCCGAUCUGCGCAAACUGGCAGUAAACUUGAUCCCCUUCCCCCGUCUCCACUUCUUCAUGGUUGGUUUUGCCCCCUUAACUUCCAGAGGCUCCCAACAAUACCGUGCCCUAACUGUCCCCGAACUCUCUCAACAAAUGUGGGACGCCAAAAACAUGAUGUGUGCUGCCGACCCUCGCCAUGGACGAUACCUAACAGCUUCUGCCAUGUUCAGAGGAAAAAUGAGCACGAAAGAAGUCGACGAACAGAUCAUCAACGUUCAGAACAAGAACUCUUCAUACUUUGUGGAGUGGAUACCCAACAACGUCAAGUCAAGUGUUUGUGACAUUCCACCCACGGGUUUGAAAAUGUCUUCUACGUUUAUUGGAAACUCAACCUCAAUUCAGGAGAUGUUCAGGAGGGUCAGUGAGCAAUUCACUGCUAUGUUUAGGAGGAAGGCUUUCUUGCAUUGGUACACUGGAGAAGGAAUGGACGAGAUGGAAUUCACUGAAGCCGAGAGCAACAUGAACGAUCUAGUGGCUGAGUACCAACAGUAUCAGGAUGCGACUGCAGAUGAGGAAUAUGAUGAAGAGGAGGAAGAAGAGGAAGACAAUUAAAUGAGUAAAAUUGGUUGGUUGAUUGUUUGAAGAUACCUGGAACUUGUUGUUUUCUUUCUUUCUAUCUGGUUUAUCUCUUUGGAUGGUGUACUUUUGGGUGGUUAUUUUCAUAUGUUUGGAUUGAAUUUGUGGGUUUGUAUUAUUAUUAUCCAUAUAUUAUUGGAAUGGUUCAUAUUUUAAUUAAAAAUGUCAUCUUUUCUUU